AUGAAAUCGCCACCAUUCCCUUGUCCGAAACGUGGCAAGCAGCGUGUACAGAAGCGAGCCAUGAAACAGAAAUAUGUGAAGGUACCGUAUGUUCGCCAUGGAACCCAGACAACCAAGAACAAAGGGCAUCGUGAUCGAUGGGGUCUUUCAGUGCAUACGCUGUUGUCUAUGACCGGUCGCAGUUUAAUCAAAAGGCUCGUCAUCGACAAGAUCCUUCCCAAUUGGUCUGGUCAUGAAUGUCCUCGGUGUGGUCAUGGCACUUUGGGCUCCUUGUCGCAUGUCAAAUCCAAGAAAGUAUGGGGGUACAGAUGUGGACAUCGUCGAUGCAACAAGCUACUCUUGGCCCAUGACUUUCACCCCAUCUUUUUCAAGGGCAGGGGAAAUUCCAUCACAGGUCUUCGUCAUCAAGCUGCAGCACUUUAUUGCGCGGUUGCAGGCGUUUCCGCGCAGUCUGCGCAUCUCAUCCUCGACCUCGACCACAAAGCCGUAGAGCGGGUCUACACAAAUGUCGACACAUCUCGAGCUCGUUAUGUUCAGUUGAAGGAAAAGGAAAUCCGUUACGGAGGCAAGUGGGAGGAUGUAGAGGUGGACGAAGUGGAUGUGGGAAAGCUCACGGACAACACAACCCCAAGCACCAAAAAUACGGUUUGGGAACAGUGGGGAGGUUUGGUUGAACGCGGGAAGGUCAUCCUCCAUAGCGAUGGCGCCCGCGCAUACAAGCUCAAGGUUCCAGGGGUGAUGCAUUGCAACGUGGUGCAUAAGAAGACAAAAGUGAAAGUGAAUGGGAAGGUUCGAUGGAUGAAGCCGCUCUACACGAAGGUGUACUCCCUCAAGUUGCCCACCGGAGACCAGAUCAAAGUCAAGUGCAACAUGUGGAAAGUUACCGGCAAGAUGCUGGAUACCCUGUUUUGGGAAUCGUGA